GUUGACUGGGACCCCCGUUACAUGGUCAAUUGAGACAUCGACAACCACUCUUAGAUCGCAAGAUGAGCAAGAUAUUCGAUGCGGCCGAAGGUAUUGUACUCAGUCUCCCUCUGUUGUCUGCGACCAUGGAAGCUGACUGAGGACCCUUCAGUCGCCAAACACAACACCCCUGACAGUUGUUGGGUGAUCUUGUACGGGAAGGUUUACGAUGUCACCGACUUUCUUUCAGAGCACCCUGGCGGUGCCAAAAUUAUUCUCAAGCUUGCGGGCAAGGAUGCCACGGAGGAGUAUGACCCUAUCCAUCCUCCGGGGAUUCUGGAGGAGAACCUCAAACCCGAAGCAUUUCUGGGCACAGUGAACGCCGACACGCUGCCAAAGGUGCAAGCGGAGCCUCCUUCAGAUGCGGGGGAAACAGAGGGUCCGCCCCCGAUGGAGAGUCUCCUCAACAUGGACGAUAUCGAGCAGGUGGCCACCAAGAAUGUGAGCAAGAAGGCCUGGGCCUACUACUAUUCAGCGUCCGAUGACAAGAUCACGAAACAUUUCAAUACCGAAGUCUACCGUUCCAUUCUGUUACGGCCACGGGUCUUCAUUGACUGCACACGAUGUGAUUUGGAUACCACCGUCCUGGGCCACAAGCUUGGCAUGCCCAUCUACGUGUCUCCUGCCGCCAUGGCCCGUUUGGGCCAUCCGGCAGGUGAAGCUGGAAUUGCGGAGGCCUGUCGCAGUUUUGGGGCCAUGCAGAUCAUUUCCAACAACGCUUCUAUGACGCCAGAGCAGAUCGUUCAGGAUGCCGCCCCAGAUCAGGUGUUUGGAUGGCAAUUGUACGUUCAAAUAGACCGGAAGAAGAGCGAGGUUAUGCUGGAACGCAUAAACAAACUCAAGGCGAUCAAGUUCAUUGUUCUCACCCUGGAUGCCCCUGUUCCUGGUAAGAGAGAGGACGAUGAGCGUGGCAACUCAGUAGGAGCGUCGGCAUCAGUGCCCAGCGCCGCGAAGGCAGCAGACAAGGCAAAUAUCAACAAUGGAGGCGGGGGUGUCGGACGACAGCUUUUCGCGGGCACGGAUCCCACCCUGACAUGGAAAGAGACUCUACCUUGGCUGGCCAAGCACACGGAUUUGCCAAUCAUUCUCAAGGGCCUUCAAACUCAUGAAGAUGCUUACAUUGCCUCUCUGCACACUCCCCAAGUCAAAGGCAUCAUUCUUUCCAACCAUGGCGGGCGUGCUCUCGACACUGCUCCUCCUGGUGUGCACACGUUGCUGGAAAUCCGGAAGUACUGCCCGGAAGUUUUCGAUAAGCUGGAUGUCUGGGUCGACGGUGGUAUCCGACGUGGCACGGAUGUUGUCAAGGCCCUCUGUCUGGGCGCAAAAGGCGUUGGUAUUGGACGGCCUGUAUUGUGGGGCUUAGGAGCCGGUGGUGUUGAGGGUGUAAAACGCACCCUGCAGAUUCUGUCCGACGAAACCAAGACAUGCAUGCGGUUGCUUGGUGUUGAGCGCGUGCAAGAUUUGGGCCCCCAGCAUAUAAACACCCGCGUUGUAGAACAGCAGAUCUUUGACGGGCCUUCUGGACUAGACCGUAUUCGGGGCACAUACCGGGCCAAAUUAUAGGCCUGAGACUACCCCAGGAAUCGUUGUAUAUAUACUAGCCUUGUGAUCUCUAUAGAUUAGCCAGGCUCAUGAGAAAAUUUGAUGACUUUCAAUCACCC